UUCACAGUGAAAAUUCAGAUUGUUCGAAACACGAUUUGGAAAGUAACAAAAUUUCAAGAGCGCCUAUUAUUUUGCUCAGAACGACCACCUAACUCUUGGUGUUUAAGUCUACAGUUUUAGUCAAGCUUUUAAAACUGUAGGUCGAGUGGUGCUCGUUGGGGUCAGGAUGGAAAAUAUCAGCGAUGAUGAACUGCGGUCAGCUUUGUCUAGAUAUUUAGAUGUUGUUCCACCAGUGACAGAAUCAACUCGAGCAACUUUGAUCGCUAAGCUGAAAAAGUGCAUAUCAAAUGGUUCUGAGAGUUUAUUAAAGGAUACUCCACAAAACGUCGUAGAUAAUCUUGUCAACGUAACAGAAGAUAGACCAAUACAGACUUUAAUUUCCGACAAUAAUCAUGAAUCACCGAAAUAUGAGACGACUGAGGUACUUCAGAGACCCUUGUCUACUAAAGAACUGUCUGCAAGUUUUAUGAAUGGGUUACCAGUACAAAACCACUCAUCACCCAUACUAGAAUGUGUUUCUCGACUUCCAAGUUAUCGUCGUCGAUCUAUACAUCCAGACCGACCAGGAAUAGAUGACCCCUACGCUGAUGAUUUGGCUUGGUUUCCAUCGUUAUCAUCAACAAAAUGUCGUGAACCGCCCAACAAACAAAAGACGUUUCACAACACGAAAGGAAUCAUCAGGGAAAAUCUUAUAAAAUCUUUUUUGUAUGUCAUCAUUGGUUUGAUGUCUGUCAUUCUCGAUUGUUGCUUUUCCUCCCUCUCUAAAUUAACGAAUGCCGUAUCCACUUGUAUACCAUCUUUACGGAUCUGUCUUUGUGUCAUUUUAUUUGGAUUGCUUUUAUGUGGACUGUAUAAGCUUCUACUCGGGGAUCCAUUUUAUCAUAAUCCCGUGGAAGAUCUAUAUAACAUCAUACGGUUUCCUUUUGUUAAGUAGGCAUUGUUUAUUUUAUACUGGGAUGGCUUUGUAGUCCCGGUUCAACAUAUUUUAGUGUAUUUUUUAAAAUAGUUCUUUUUAACCGUUUUGUACCAUACUGUUUACUUUUGUAUAUGUACUCAGUGUAAUAAAAUAUGAAUGUUCUGGUGU